AUGGAAGGAAAGAAAAGAAAGGUAGCCCCGACUGCGGCACCGGCCGAGGGUGAAAGACCUUCCAAGAAGGCGCAAACUGGCACCGUAAAGGUCACCCACCUCAGCGCCCCAGAUAUUGCUCAACCAGUCGUCGUGACCUCUCCUGGGGUGGCGCUUCCGUCAGACCUCGCCUUCACCGGCUAUUCCAAGAAAGAGACAAGCGGAAGGUCAAGCCUCCUCCUUCAGUCUUCCGAACAUCCCACGAUCGACUAUGUCGCAACCGAGAGCGGCACGACCAGCGCCGCCGACAAACACCUCAAGCACUAUGUCGCCAUAUUCGACGCAGCGUCGAACAAGCUCAAAGUCAUGGAAGCGAAAAAGAUGACCGUGAGGAGUACGGUCCGCGUCCCAGACAGAGAAAGUGAGGACGAGGAGGAAGCGGAAGUCAAAGCCACGCCAUCGUCUCGCGCAGCACUAACCCAAGCCUUUGGCACCAAGAAAUCAAAGCGAGCAGUCGCGUCUAUGGCUGAGAACCGACUCCUGGCCCGUGACGGCGAAACCGACAACCCAGUCUCCGCUGCCAUCCUCAACUCAAUCAACCACGAAGAAGAGGACGACUCAGAGGCCGGCCUCGCCAGCGGGUCACUAACGGCACGAGCCAACAAGCCUCUGCCCCCGGUAGACCUAAACACCACCGACAUCUCCAAAGUGUACGACCUCUCCCAGCUGGUGCAUCCCGGGCCGUGGAAAACCACGCUGUCGCAGAUGCAAAUCGCCUUCUGGCGCGACUGCAUACAGAAGAACAAACCCAUCCCCAGCAGCCUGCGCUUCAUAGCGACACGCAUCAGCUACCUCGGACCAAAACACCUCAAAGACCCGGACAACACCGAAAUCCUCCAGAAACUCCAACUGCUGCGGUACAUCCAGCUGCUGGCCGAGAUCCGCAAGUACGUCUCCCACCAAAGCAGCCGCAGACCCAUGCUCCCCGUGGAGAAGUGGCCGCAGGGUACAACCAGCGACACGGCGCUUUCCACGGCCUUCAAGGCAAGACUGGUGUCCCACUUUUUCCCCAGCCGGACUCCCACCGUGUUUGCCAAAACUCUGCUUACCUCGACGAUCCUGGCCCUGACGCUGCACAUUCCGCCCCCGAAAUUCACACCGGGUGACACCCCAAGCAUGCUCUUCACGGAGCCCAGCGAGAUCACGCUCGACCUGGGCGUGCCCGCGGCAGAAAUCAACAAACUCUACCGAGAACUAGGCUGCAAGUUGGAGAGCAUGACCGACGCAGAGUUGAACAAGUACGGAUGGAACAAAAUCGCGCGGCCACCGAAAAAGGUCGACGAGGAGACAGGUCAGAUUGUCAAGCUGGCGAAGCCCAAGUUUGCGAAGUUGAGGUUCCCCAUUGAUUUUCCCAAGGUCAGCGCGGGCAGACCAGGAAGGAGGUAA